UCAAUAUACAGUUCAAAGUAUCAGUUUGAAUUAUUGCAAUACUAAAUGUUUGUUGUCCAUUAUCAUUUUCACAUAGCUUUGUCUAUACUUCAUUUCACUGCAGGAACUCAGAAAGGCCCUUCCAAGCAUGCACAGCUGUAGAUAUAAAUUUUUAAAAUGUGUUGUUCUAUACAACAAAAUUGUUUGUGGUGCAGGUUUGAUCUCCUCCUGUUUCUAUCUCUCUACCCUCCCUGUAACCACAUCCAUUUGUAAUCCAGCUAUCAGCAUUCAUCUUUUUACUAUAAACAUUGAUGAUUUCGUAUCACUGCAUAUGAUAAUGAAGUAAUCAUGUUGUUUUGAUGUACUGUUUUAUGGUAAUGUGUGAAACUCUGGAUCUUGUGGCUAAGGCUAAACUCAACAGACCAUCUGGAGAAGCCUCACCUCAGGAUGGGUAACUAAUAAUUGAGCGGGUAACUAAAUAUUCAAAAACACUACGUAAUCCCAGAGUACAUUGCUCCACUGUCUGCAUUACCUAAUCCCAUAAGCCAUCGCGAGGGGGGGCGUGGAUAUGGCUCGUUGUCAGAGCAACCUGCAUGUCAUUAGACAUGCACCGCCCACCAAAUCAUCUCAAGCCAAUCAGAAGCCGUAGAAAUGACAUCAUUGUUAUUUUCAGUAGAGCUGCAGCUUAGAGGUGGAUAAAGUUCGUCUCCACGUUGGAAGUGAUAGAAAGUAUUAUCCCUAUUCAGGCACCGUUUCUAGUUUUUGGGAAGGAGGAUAAAUCAGAAAGGACCCUUGAGGUGUAAACACACUGAGGCUCGGCGGCAGGGGAACGACGUUUUUUUGUUGAUGAUCGCACGGGUCACAAGAGAAAAGUUUUCUCAGGACACUAAGUUGUCAAGUGAGUUGAACUUCAACAAUAGGCGGACUCUAUCAAAAGACAGUUGAGAGAUAGUGAGUCACAGGACAUAUGUAAACAGUCAUUUUGGAUUUUUUUUUUCCCCAAGGAGAAAAGACCACCCUCGAGGUGAUAAAAACUUUAUGUCCAGAAAAAUGGAAGCGACGUUCUACGAAGAAGCCGUGAAUGCCUCAAACUCUCAGCAUGAAGGGACGGCAGUGUAUGGGUUCAACCCCAAAACCCUCAAACAGACCAUGACCCUGAACCUAAACGACCCGAAGAACUUCAAACCCCAGCUGGGCGCCAAGGCCCUGGACAUCCUGACGUCCCCUGAUGUCGGGUUACUGAAGCUGGCCUCGCCUGAACUGGAGAGAUUAAUCAUCCAGUCGUGCAGCGGGCUGACGACUCCCACCCCGACCCAGUUCGUCUGUCCCAAGAACAUCACCGACGAGCAGGAGGGUUUCGCUGAAGGGUUUGUGAGGGCUCUGGCUGAGCUCCACUAUCAACAGCAGAUACCGGUCGUCCACCCUGACGCACAGACCGGCGCCACCAACAGCGUAUCCGGUACUGCUGCCUCCGAGAGCGGCGGGAUUCCCUACAGCUGCACGGUACGCAGCGAGCCGCCAGAGUACACAAACUUGGGCAAUUUCAGUCGGGCUGUGAGCUCUGCGUCUGGACCUGCCGGCGAGAGGCACCCUGCUACAAGUUACCCUGCCGCCCCACAACCGUCCCACAACCACAUGGACCACCAGCUGGCGGCGGCUCAGCACCCGCGGCUACACGCGCUCAAAGAGGAGCCGCAGACGGUGCCAGAGAUGUCCGGCGAGACCCCGCCGCUCUCCCCCAUCGACAUGGAGAGCCAGGAGCGCAUCAAAGCGGAGAGGAAGCGUAUGAGGAACCGGGUGGCCGCGUCCAAAUGCCGGAAAAGGAAGCUGGAAAGGAUCUCCCGGCUGGAGGACAGGGUCAAAAACCUGAAGAGCCAAAAUACGGAGUUGGUUUCCUCUGCCAAUGUCCUCCGGGACGAGCUGGCUCUGCUCAAGCAAAAGGUCAUGGACCACGUUAACAGCGGCUGCCAGCUCAUUUUGACGCAGCAGCUCCAAGCUUACUAGACUGCCAAGGGAAAAGAACCAGGGGACAUUUCUUGAGGACCAAAUGCAGCUUAAAAUGGCCUGUCCAGCCUCGCAGGGGGGGUCUCAUUUCAACUUUCCACCAAAUGAUCCGCCCAGGCUGUAUCCACACACGAAUGGUGACUUACGAGAUACUUGUAAUUGGUCAGUAUAAUGAGCUGUAACGGAGCAAAGGCCACCAAACUCAUUGCACAGACUCACAGCUCAGAGGGAACAUGUGCUCAUAUUACACCUCUGAUGUGACUUUGUUACGUAUUUCUGACAAUUUUUCUUUUCUUUUUUUUUUAAUUUCCAUCCAAAACUACAAAAUCAAAUUUGUAUUCAGUCAACCAGGGAAACAUGGCAAGUGUCCACACCUUGCCACAAGCUAAUUGUCAAUUGAUUAUGGCCCACACAGUCUUCCAUCCUGACAGGACCGUCAGCACUCGAGGGCGAUCAAAUUGCAAAAGGACAGAAACACAAUGUGAACCAGGUCUUGCCCUGCAAAUCUUCCACUAUGUGAAGUGUAUGUAUGUAUAUAUGUAUGCAUAUAGACUUGAGUCAAGCACUGAGUAUCCCACCAGCGACUAGCCUACAUGUACAGAGUAACACUUACAAAAAAAAGUUUCACACCUUUACGCAAGGACUCUUAUAGGUGUGUGUAGCGUUUACUGAUAAGAACUGCCUUACUUUCUUAACCCUUGUGUUCAUACAACUUUGUGAUAUAGGUGUAACUAAUGUUAGACCUGAAAUAACACUUUGUAAUAAUAUUUGUACGCUGUUCUUUGAGCACUUCGACUGUAAAUAUGAGAAAAUAAAAUGUUAGACACG